AUGGUGUUAGAAAUUAGACUGGUAGGAACACUUAUAGAGACAAGAUUUAUCAAGGAGUUCUCCAAUAACAUAAUCAUUACAAUUAUUCAACAAAUUGAUUGGAUUUUUGGUUUGCUUUCUAAAAUGAUAAUGGCAUUUAAAUUGAUAGCCAUAUUGUUACUGGUAAUAACUCUUGCCUUAUUUGCCAGGGGAGGAAAUGUUUUUGCAGUUAAAAGCAUUCAGAGUGAAGAUGGAGAUGUCAUUGACUGCAUUGACAUUUUCAAGCAGCCAGCUUUGUCGCAUCCUGCUUUGAAGAACCACAAAAUCCAGAUGACACCAAGUGAUAAUCCAGUGAUGGAGAAUUCCCUCACAACAAAAGCUACAAAAACAGACCAAAAAUCCUACAAUUUUGUCACAACACAAAUAUGGCAGAAAAGUGGAAAUUGUCCAAAAGGGACAAUUCCCAUUCGAAGAAAACAGCAGAAGGAUCAAUUCAAGAAGCCUAGCUUUUUUCAUAGAGAUAAUGGAUUGAAGAGCAAGAAGGAUAUUUACCUUUCACAGAUGAACCACUCGUUGGCUAUACUACAUACAGAAGGAUAUAGAUAUUUAGGUGCAAAAACAGACAUGAUAACGUGGAAUCCUCAUGUUGAAGGAGAUGAUGAGUAUAGUACUUCUCGAGUUGCACUUAUGAGUGGAGCUUACUAUGACUAUCAAGAUAUUGAAUCUGGAUGGGCAGUUAAUCCAAGGGUUUAUGGCGAUAGGCAAACGCGAUUUUUCACUUAUUGGACUACUGAUGGCUCAAAAGAAACAGGUUGCUUUGACCUGACAUGCCCUGGUUUUGUACAAACUAGCCAUGAAAUAGCACUUGGUGCAGCUAUAUACCCAAUCUCAACUCAAAAUGGUCUUCCUUAUUCAAUUACUGUUUAUAUCUACAAGGAUUUAAAUACAAGCAACUGGUGGCUACAAUAUGGAGAAAAAAUAAACAUAGGAUAUUGGCCAUCAGAGAUAUUUGAAGGUGGGCUAAAAUACCAUGCAGAAACAGUUCAAUGGGGUGGUGAAGUUUAUAGCAGCAAAGUAGGGACACAUCCACAUACUAAAACACAAAUGGGAAGUGGAGCUUUUCCUUUUUUUAUAUAUGCAAAUACAGGAUUUAUGAAAAGAAUGAGAGUUCUUCAAAAUUCAAUGGAGUUGAGAUUUCCAGAAUAUGUUGAUGCUUAUUCUGAGGAAUAUGAUUGUUAUCGUACUCAGUAUAUGGGUGAUUAUGUUGAAGAACCUGAAUUUCAUUUUGGAGGUCCGGGAAGGAAUCCAAUAUGCCCUUAA